UCUAAACAUUGUUCAAACUAAAACUGGCAGAUAACAUCUGAGGGACACUAUCAUUAAGAUAAGCAGAGACGUUUGUUUAAGGAUUUCUAGUGAGGUGGGGUUGGGCUUUGUACCACAAAAGGUCACAUUUUAUGUCAGUGAUCCAGUUUAUGGGGUCAAUUGUUCUUGACUGUUGGCAUUUUAAAGAGCACAUAUGAGAAAAGUAUGCAUGAAUUAACAUCUUAGCUUGCUAUUAGUAUUGAAUGACUAAACAGAGCCCAUUACAGUGCUGUCCUUUUAAAUCUUGGACAACAAAAAAACAGCUAAUGUUAUUCUAAGGCAUCCAUUCUUAAUGCCAUCUUGCUCAAUUUAAAAUAUGAUAUUCUGCUGUGCACAUGUGUAACGGCAGCAUGUAAUCAUUUGCUUAACUUUAAUAUCCUGUUUGCGUCACUGUAUAGGAGGGUAGCACAAGGAGAAACUAUUGGCCCCUUACAUACACUCUGACUCUACGCUUAUUAUUAGCUUCAGCUAGACUGGAAAAGCUUCUAAAGGGGCAUAGGUGAUGUGUAACUGACACACUCAAUAAGUAAGCCAAAAACACAACCAGACCAAUGAAAUGACUUUGAGGACUGAGGUCACUCUUGUCCAAAGUUCUUGUCCAGCUUGUGUUUUCUUUGGUUGGUGUUUGAGCACAGUUUAAAGAGAUUCAUUGCUACAUGUUCACAUUCAAGUAGUACAUGUGGUUAUGAGGCGAACUACGCACUGACAUUUUUGCACAGUGGGAUAUUAGUUUUGUUAGACAGGUGCAUCAGGUACAACGUUGAAGAUGAGGUUUACGUUCACUGUGUUGCUCCUUCUAUUGAUGGCCAGGUGUGUUGCACAGGAAGAAACCCCAAAUAAAGGCUGUGUUUGUGGAUACCCUGGAAUCCCAGGGGACCCUGGACACAAUGGCGCACCUGGAAGAGACGGCAGAGAUGGACUCAGAGGUGAAAAAGGUGAUCAGGGUGAUAUUGGUCCUACUGGGCGAGCAGGCAUGGAUGGUCACAGAGGAGAAAAAGGGGAAACUGGUGCGGUUGGCCCGGCAGGGCUCAAAGGAAAAAGAGGAGAUGAUGGAGAACGGGGGCCUCCUGGGAAAAUGGGGCCCCAAGGUGUCCAAGGGCCCAUUGGCCUGAAAGGAAACAAGGGAGAGCUUGGGCUGCCUGGACCUCAAGGAUCUAAAGGUGAUUUGGGGCCUCCUGGACCAGAGGGUCCGAAGGGGGAAAUUGGCCUUCGAGGUGAUAGAGGUAUUCAGGGACCAUUGGGACCCAUUGGAAGGCCUGGACCUAAGGGGGAGAUUGGUGUUCCAGGUCACAAAGGAAAUAUUGGUUAUCGGGGGGACAGAGGGAGUCGAGGAGAGAAAGGUGAUAGGGGUGAGAAGGGAGAUGCAUUUGUUAUUUCUAAAAGUGCCUUCUCCGUGGGACUCACAGCAGUAUCUAAACUCCCAGCAGCCAAUGGGCCGAUCCGGUUUGACAAGAUUAUUUACAAUCAACAGAAUCACUACAGUCCGCAGACGGGAAGAUUCACAUGCUCCGCAGCAGGAGCCUAUUUCUUCACCUACCACAUCACCGUCUUCUCCAGAAACGUGAAGGUGGCUCUGGUGAAGAAUGGUGCAAAGGUCAUACACACCACAGAUAACUACCAGAGCAGCGAGGAUCAGGCAGCAGGUGGCGCUGUGCUGCACCUGGACAUAGGAGACAAGGUGUGGCUGCAGGUGGUUGGCGGUGAGCUUUACAAUGGGCUUUUUGCUGAUGAGGAUGAUGACACGACAUUCUCUGGAUUCUUGAUCUUUGACACUUAAAUUAGGCAUGAAUACUUUAAAAAUGUUUUUAGAUAACAGAAAUCAGGGAGGAGAGAUCAGCCUUACUUUAAUCUUUGAUUCUAUAAUGCAUUAUAAAGUGGUUUAAUGUAACUUUAAGUACUUUUUACUCAACUUAAUACUUUUAAACUUAGA